AAUAUAUGUGUAAUUAACAAAAUUCAAAAUAAUAAAUAUAUAAACAAAACAACUAUUAUUUAUUUAAGUGGCAAAACGCUUAAACAUUAAAGUGUAAUAAACAAAUAUUGAAAAGAGAAAUUUAGUGCUUCGUAUUGAAAACUAUAAUAACGCAAAUAUUUGGAUUAAAUUCAAAAUUAUGGAUCCUUUAUAUAAACGGAUUUGUAGAAGAUUUUCAAAAAAGGGUAUUAGGCCGUCCCUUAGUUUAGAUAAUACCAUUGAAACAUUAUUAAUUAAAAAUGAAAAUGAUUUCAUAAGUGUUGAACAGGACAAGGAUCCACAGAAUAUAAUAACAUUAUCUGCACGUAAACGUCAUUCGCAGCAAUUCCAUCAAGCACCCAAUACAGCAGGAACUCAACAUCAAAAUUAUCAACAGCAGCAGCAACAAAAACGUGAUGAAAAUAUGCGACAAUUAUUGGAUGUAACAAAUACUUUGACAUUCGAGGAAUUAAGAGAUUUUGAAAUGCGUUAUGGUUCCCCACAUCACAGUCGUUCACAGUCAGUUAAAACACCGGGUAGCAGAGCUUCAGGUCGUCCCAAUCAAUUAUGUUUACCACAGCAAAGAUCAAGAGUGGCCUCUAUGCCUAACACAGGUGUGGAAGAAGAGUAUUAUAGAUUAAGACAUUUCUCCAUAACCGGCAAGGGCGUGAUAAAUCGUGGUGAUUCCUUAAAAAGUAGACGCAGUAAAUCAAAUAACAGUGUGGCAAGUUCAAAUUCAAGCAAUGAACAUUUAACUACACAACUACAACCUACUCAAGUCCACUCUGCUCGAAACUCAGCUACUUGCAGUUUAGCUUCAAGUCGUGAAAGUAGCACAUCAAAUCCGGGCAGUGGUCCUUACAGAGUCCUUAUGCUGGGCGGCACUGCUGUGGGAAAAAGUUCUUUGGUCUCUCAGUUUAUGACCUCUGAAUAUUUACAUGCUUACGAUACUAGUAUUGGCAAUAAUUGUAACAUUCGUAUACAUAUCGAAAAACCCGCUGACGAUGAUGACUCGGGUGAAAAAUCUGUUUCAGUAUUGUUGAGUGGUGAAGAAUCGGAAUUAAUAUUUAUUGAUCAUCCAUAUGCCGAAAUGACGCCCGAUGAUUGCCUAAGUAGUUAUGAUCCACAUGGUUAUUGUGUUAUCUAUUCUGCCUCCGAUCGUAGUAGUUUCAGUGUGGCCGAACAUAUAUUACAAGUAUUAUGGACAAAUCAAAAUAUUGCCCAAAAGGCGGUAAUUUUAGUGGCAAAUAAAGCCGAUUUGGCACGCAGUCGUUUAGUGAGUGCAGAAGAGGGCAAAGCUAUGGCAACCGCAUAUGAUUGUAAAUUUAUAGAAACUUCAGUGGGUAUUAAUCAUAAUGUAGAUGAAUUAUUGGUGGGUUUGUUAUCACAAAUACGUUUAAAAUUGGAAAAUCCUGAAAAAUCUAGGGAUAUGUUUAGAAAACGUUCUAUUAGAAAAUCCAAGAGAAGAGCUUGUUCACCAUUAAGUGGAGCUUGUUUAACCGGUGGCACUAACCCAAAUACACCUAUGGGUCCCACCAAUAAUAUAAUAACAGAUGUCAAUACACCACCCGGCAGUGCUCACAGCAGUCCCCGUAAAUAUCGUGGUUCCCGUACAUCUACCAGUCUAAAAGUUAAAGGUUUAUUGGGUCGUGUCUGGGCUCGAGAUUCAAAAUCAAAAAGCUGUGAAAAUUUACAUGUUUUGUAAAUGCGCGUUAUAAACUUAUUUAUUCUUUAUUUUUAGGGGACAUUUUAACCCAAAGAUAAUAAGUAUUAUUUACAAUAUUUUAUUUUUACAAAGGAAAAAAGUUUCUAGUCUAUAAUUUAGUCUAAAGGCUUAAGUUAAUUAUUUUAACUUUAAGUUAAGCUAAUAGCAAGUUUUACUAGAGUAAAAUUUAAACUAUUAAUUAUGGUUUGCCACUAUUAAAAGAAACUUCAACAGCUAGA